AUCUCAAGGCCUGAGAAGCGACCUGUUCUAGUAUAAUCAAAAUGAGAUUUUUCAAAGGCCUCUCUUGCGUCUUGGGUCUGGCCGGCCUGGCCAGCGCGAAAACAGGCUGGAAACUCGACAAGUCAUGUAAAACGGACGAUCUUGGAACCACGAUCUCCGAGGCCCUACUCAGCGCCUUUAACAUGGCAAAGGAUGAGCUAGACGCAAUCAACAAGGUUUUGAACAACGAGGACUUGGGCGAUAACGGCGAUAAUAUCCGAGAUGUGCUCAAAUGGAUGUUCAUGAAGGAUGGAGAAGAGCCGAAUCAGGAACGAUUAGGUCUUUUACAGAGGAAUCUCGGAACACUCGUCGCUGCAAAUGAGGAUGUAAAGGAUGAGGAGCCCGAUCCCCAGACGAUUAUAGUGUACUGUGAUUUCAGUCGCUUCGAAUCUAGGUCGGACAAUAAGUGGUAUGACAAAGACAUCGGUGAAGUAUUAGAGAAAGGGGAAUCAUUCAAGUCGUGCGAGAGCGCCGGCCCCACAGUCGCCUAUACUUUGGUGUCCGGCCGCACCAAACCGUCCCAGGUGCAGCUCUGCCCGUGGUUCAUCGAUUGGAUGAGAAAGGAUGAGAUUGCAGGCAUUCGUAAACUCCCAAAAAAGUCUCGAGUCUACGACAAACUGUCCACAGGACUGGUGAAGAUGGACACUCUGCUGAGCCCCAUCGAUGUGCUGUCGAAUCUGGACAAAGUGAUUCUGCACGAGUUGACGCACACCCGUAAUGGGGGCGAGUCAAAGGAUGUGGACGAUUCCAACCUCCUCACGGUGCGGUAUGCAUGGAAACGAUGCCGGAAAUUGGCCAAGGAAGGGCCGACUCAGAUUACGAGGCAGGCACAGAACAAUGCGGACAGUAUUGCGCUGGCUGGAUCUGGUAUGGAUUAUAGAUCCCCUUUCACCUAAUCCCACGGAUUGUGCUGACCAAUCGACAGCCAUCAGGUUUAUUAAAGAGGGAUCGAAAGUCACGGAAGAUGGAAAAGUUCUCAAAAAAUCGGAGACAUAGCAGAGGAGUGACCGUCAUGACGCUCUUUGAUUCUUCAUGGAUAGACUGCAUGCUGGUGGAAUUCUCGGACGAGAUUAAUACAAUCCAUGAAAUGCGAACGAUGUACCGAGUAACAAGGAGGGUUUCCAAUCAUCACGAGAUCUCCUAUCCG